AUGGAAAGACGAGUUCUAGGGAAGUCCAGAAUCAAGAGGUGGGAUGGCGCCUUGAGGGAAUGCACGGCUUGGGACAAUAUAAAACGGGACCCAGAGCUGUGGUACCAGAAUGGCGAUUGCUUCGUGCAUCUUUACGGGAAGGGCCAAUCGUACCGAGGCCCUGCAUUCAAGGUGCCUCUUGAUGCCUUGCUUGCGACCAAAUGUCACCCCCUCGUGGCGAGGUUCAUGUUACGAGAUGCCUCGACCACACCAGGUGCCGGGGUGGGCCAAGACCCAAUUCGCUUUCUGCACCACAUGCCCCUUAAUGGCAGAAUCGAUCUGUAUAUCCCACCGCCGCCCAUGGCGAACAAGGACGAAGCUCUGCGCUACCACCUGGCAAUACGCAACUUCUUCGCCUGGGUGUUUCAGAGGCCAGUGGUUGGGGAUUACCUCGGGACCGCCCUCAUUGAACUUUUAGACAUGAUGUCAGAGCUUCGCUGCCCUGGAGAGAACAAUAUGGAGGCUCUCGUUAGCUAUCUUGAUGAGGAGGGCUAUCUCGACAUGCAGAGUCAGCCUGUCCACGCCUUGGCGGCAGUCCAUUUCGCCGAGUACUUCCAGUUCAGGGGGCUCUAUAUUGACGCCUUUUCUCACUGCGUGGGCAUGUCUGAUCGACUCUUUGUUAUCCCGGAGUACCAGGUCAUUACUUCAGUAACAAGGAAACUCAUUCGACAGGCCAGGAUGGAGAUGGACAUGAAGCUUGGGCACGCCGGUGUUAUGCUUCGUAAUUUCCUCGAGGACGACCUCUCCGAAGCUCACAUUGGACUGACCCCCGGAGGGAGGGAUCAUCUUGAACAGUUUCGGACAUUCCUCCUCGCUUUCUUUUCCAGAAGACUGGGUUAUUAUCCGCCGUUCUCAAUCGACGCACGCAGUCUCAUAUUUGACCGCGAAACGUAUUGCACGAUGCGGGACGACUUUGAGGCGCUUUACGGGUACCUCGUCGACGACUCUUUUACAGUGUCCAAGAGCAUCCCGGCACUUGCUCAGGGCGGCAUUUGCGCGCUGCAGACUGUCUGUGGCUUUGAUCUGCGCAACAAAUUCACGCCACUGCUUUACCCUUUGCCACUAAUCCCCGAAAUAGCCCCCGCCACGCCUUCACGGCGCAUUACCUGGCUCAACAAGAGUGAUAAGCUCAAGCCAGACCAGCGGCUAGUUUUCCAUGCUGCACUGCUCAAUGCGACCAACAAACACAAGCACGAUCUUCUACAGAACCAGCUUGUCUCGGCAUAUCGUAGCUUUGAAGAAGAUUCGAUCUUCUCGCCAUCGAAGUACAGUCGGUCUGAGAAGCUGUCGCUGGUGGAUGCUCGAAAAAUUCGCUGGAUUCUCGUCUACUCCAUUUAUCAAGUUCUGCGUGGCUGCACUGAGGCGCCCCCUGAGUGCCAGGGUACUAACGCGAUACCCUACAACGUCGCCAUCAACACCGCAAAUCUACCGCCGUGGAGGGAGGGGCGACGGCAGUCUUCUACUACAAGGAGAGCAAACAGCCUCAAGCAAAACAAGACCCCUUCUCCUACUUCGCCAGUUCCCAUAACACCAACCAUGCCCGAACCUAUCCGCUCCGCCUCGCCGUCUUAUGAGAUUGAGCCGGAUAUCAAUUACUUGUCCCUAACACGCCAGAAAGACACCUCGUCAUCGGCCAAAAAGAAACGGAUGAGUGCCCCGCCGAGCAUCCCUCCACGUGUUCGGAGACUUGACACUACUUUUCGGCGAUCCCUACACAUAUUCACGCUAAAUAACGGCAGCACAGGCAAUGAACUCCCGUCAGUGACAAACUUUGGCCUGACGUACCACGACAGUCUGACCCUCGGGGAUGGGAAAAAUCCAGGCACCACCGAGGAGCCAUCGGCUAGCCCAGGUACCGCAAAGAUAGGGGGUGACGCCCAAGAGGCUGACGAUGACCUGGGAGGUUCCGUCGAGACCCUCAAGCCUCAGCCCUCAGCCGUCCGCUCGCCCUCGACCUCGUCGACAUCUUCUACUGCCAGCACCGCCAGCACCGCCAGCAGGCUUUCAGAUGCGUCCACGGCUUCUAUGGCGUCUACUGUAUCCACCGCACCUAGCACCGCUGUGUGCUCCAUUGCCUCGCCUUGGACUACUAGGGAGCCCAGCCGUCCGGCUGAGAAGAUAGAUCAGCCCGCUCCGCUUGACUUAUCGCGACCAACGUCAGAUCGCCCCUCGGAGACUGCUUCUGGCAGCGGCACGUCGUCUACUGUCGAAGACGGAUCGCCGCCGGCUCUUCCGCGGAGGAACAGCCGGCGCAGGCUGGGCGAGCUGCAACCUGAUCCGCUGAGCGUCCGCAAAGUUGAGGGAGUAUAUCCAACUCCUGUCGUUGUUUCCGUCGGGGCCAUAAGCCAUGCCAUCGGCGACAGGCAGGGGGAUGGAGAUAGUACGCGGAUUUCACGGGCCGAUGACGUGUGGUCCCAGUUCGCAGACGUGGGCGGUUUGAAGGACAUGUCAAUGGCAAGUUAA